UGGCUGUCCUUGCCCUUUUUCCUUGCCUACCGUUUGGUUGUCACUGGUUACAAUUUCGCCUGGCUUCUCUACAACAUUUACCUCUACCGGGCUAAGCUGUUCAUUUUCCUGACAAACUGGACUUACCUCAUCCUCAACCUGUUUUUCCUACAAGCCACAUCACUCUCCCUUUGCGCUUUUUGUAACGAAUACCGAAAUAGCCGUGGAACUCACCCCAAAACUAACGACAAACCAGAGUCGAGCGUCGCGGUCGAGAUGGGAUCUGGUGACGACAAACCCGAAAGUAGUGAAACCGCGACUGAAGUAGCUCACGAUGAAGAUGCUCUGCGAUUUCAUCACAAAUUUUUUUGGCUUCUUUACAUCAUCAGUGCCAACGCAGGUUUAUUAGUGACCGUAGGGUACUGGAAAGUGCUGUAUGAAGAAGACGAACCAGUCGACCUGAACAAUAUAACCAAGCACGCCCUCAAUUCCGUGUUCAUUGUGAUUGACACAUUCCUUAGCUCGAUCCCAGUACGCCUCUUCCAUUUUAUAUACGCCCUGGUUUAUAUCGUCGUAUACUUGGCCUUUACUGUGGUUUAUUGGCAGCUGGGCGGCACUAACACCCAAGGGCAGCCUUAUAUCUACAAACUACUUGACUACAACAACUUCGAAGCGUCCACUGGCUGCCUGGUAGCUUUUUUUCUUCUCCUUGUUCUGCCAGUUUUACAGCUGAUGUUGUUUGGUCUCGUCAAGUUGAGAGAUUGCCUUCGAGGAACACAACACAACGACUAAAUCUCUCCUUACAUUUCCUCUUUUGAAAAGGAAUUUGAACAGUUGCCUCUUCCGAUUGCACUUCUUCCAUGUCUUUCAAUAACUUUUUCAAUAAGCGGCUGCCAGUACAGUAUAAUAGGAGGCUGUGUCCAUAAAAGGCCCGUUAGGCAAAACCUAAACACGAGAGCCCGCAUGCAGGCGAAACGGCGGCGGCGAGAGGCUAUAAGGCUGGCUUUCGCUAACGCAUAAACCCAAGUACAAGCAUAAGUAUACUUAUAAGCAUUAGCAUAACAAUUGAGAGAAACAAGUGAGAACACUCACAACAUAAGUACAGGAAAAACGGAAAUGUUUCGUUCUUUUUAUGAUAGGCGGCGGUCGACCGUCGGUAACCGGCUUUUAUUGAAAUUACUUCACACCCAUUCUGAUAAAAAGCCAGCAGCUUUUUCUUUUUCUUUUUUUUUUUUUUUUUUUUUACUCAAGGUGAAUACGUUGAAUAUGUUAAUAUUUUUCUGGAAUAAAUCCAUUUAUGUUUCCUUGAAAGUCUCUUCUGCCUCUGUCGUUACUCACAAGUUGCUACUUGGUCUUUUCAGUGGCGUUUUAUUUCGUUUUUUUUUUUAAUUUGCUUUUCUUUCAUUAGGCCCAAAAACGAUGGAGAGAGGAAUUAGAAAAGGUAUGGUCAGAUCAGAUCCUUAAAAGGAAGGACGACUGCCCUCAGCAUUCUAAUUGCCCCAUUCCUAUCGAUUACACAGAGCAUGCGCUCUCAUUUUACCGCUGUGCUAAGCAUAAGUGAGCAUAAGGACAAUCAUUAGUCAAUCUCAGCCUUAGGACUCUUCCUGCGCAUGACAAACGACGUGAAGUCAUGCGAAGCCACCUCGGAACUCUGGAAUACUGAGUGGGCUUAGCUCAGAACCGUUUUAAAAGUCGGACAUUUCCGGAAAAAAUCCCGAAAAUCUCCGAGCCUACCUGAUGGGAAGUCGAUGCGAGGUUCCCUCAAGAAUGACUUAUUUCCUGCAGAUGCUUUUGAACGUGACAACAUCUUUGCGCUUAAGUAUAGCCUAUGUUUAAUUUGCAGAGUAACACUUGAAUGCACAUUGGCUAAUGCUUCUCACGUACAUAUAUUAGUUUCGUUUUGGAUUAAAAUCUAA